AUGAUGACCACGGAUCUCCCUCCAUAUUUCUCGCCCAGGCGCAAACGAGAACCUUCGGAAUCCGAAUAUUAUAGUCCCUCAACAUCUCCAACAUCGACUGUCUCUCUUGCAAGUCUUCAAGAAGUGAGAUUUCAGGAAGACGAGACAGGGCGCCACAGCCCUCGUGCCGCAGUUGCGGGCAGCUUCAAGCAACUCGCAAUUCGGGGGCUGACAGACUUGGGUCGACCAAAUGGCAAUCAUACCAUGCAAGAACCAUCAACCGUACCGAUACAAGAGACUCCCCUCGCGAGAGACUUCAGAACAGCGUCCGAGGCCUGGCCAAACCACAGCAACCUGCCGAACGAAGAUCCUAGCUACCGAUCAGCCUCCGUACCUCUGACUCAAGACACACGACAUGACAUUCCUAAUGAACUACCUCUUACACCUUCCAAAAAGACAUCUGCACGCCCCCGAAAAUCACCACAGCGCAGCUCUCCGUCGAAACGAAAGCAAAGACUUUCGCCACCCCUAGGAGAUGCCUCACAAGAAGACCCAUUUACCUGGCAUGAUCAUGAGAUAACAGGUCAUGAUCCCACGGAUCCAACAGACGAUGGCUACGGAAUCAAUGGAGUAGGCUUCAAGCCUACUGCAGCCAUGGCAUGGGCACGGUCACAAAAACGACAGAAACAAGUCGCCGAAUGGAAGAAUCGCGAGGCACGCGAAGCUCGUGAGAAGCGAAGAGAGCGAAGGAAUGAAAAGGAUCCUCUUGGAAUGAUCCACGGCAUUCAACAUGGGUCUAUCCAGAAGAGAGUUAGGUUUGACAUGUAG